AUGCGCUUUUCUCGUCUUAAGAGGGCAAUCGAAGCUGGUACAACGAAUUCCAUAACGUCCCCUGGAAGGGCCAAUCAAUGUAUUGGGAUCGUAGGGAAAUCCAAACAACGGUGCAAAUCUAGCCAAGCGAAAUCGAAAGGGGUCAUGGUGAAAAUGGAAAAUCAGAUGCGGCGUUCGGGUUGUCCGGGAGAAAACGCAACAAUAACGGAUAGAGGAAUGGGAAUUGAACCUCAUCUGAUGGUCUAUAAUCAGCAAGAGAUGGGGCCGAAUUGUGCUCGCGGUUCAUCUGAACCCGACUGUGGGGAUACAGACGACGAUGAUAUCCCAUUGGCCGUCAAACGCAAGGCAGCUCAACAUGGAGAGACUGACAAAAAGAGGAAGAAGCAGACGGAUGUCUUGUGUUCGACGGAGAUCAAGGAUGAGAGGGCCAUCGAUGAUAAAUAUAAUGGCGAAACCCAAAACAUAUACCAUAGGAUCAACAUGGACGAAGUGACGGCAAUGGACGGCAUACCCUCGAGAGAAGCCAAUAGACAAUCCCCAGAUACCCACCAAUAUAGCGCCACAAACGAGAAUAUGACUCUUGCUCCUCCUGUUCUUACCACGACCCAUCAGGGUAUGGUCCCUGGGUACAUUGCUCCUUUCACCAACGACAACAACAACCAGUUUACGAGCAGAGCUUCAGAGCAACAUGACCUUUCCCACGACCCGUAUUGGACCUCAUGGCCCUCGAUGGUUUCCCAUAUGACCCAUCCGCACGAUCCUCCUGCUACUCGAUCCCUAUCCACUCAUACUCCCAGCUACGUCCGCUCUCCCGGCAUUGGCCAAAGCGACUCCACUAUCCCCUGGACAAGGUACCGGAUUCCGAACAUCACCAUCACCGACACAGAUCCGUACGGAGUACGCAAUCCACUGUAUCCCGGCAGCACCAAUUCCGUGGACAAAGUCCAAAUGGCUAUUAAUGAAGCUCUCUUCAGCGCAGGCUCCAGGGCAUUUGAUUGCAACUAUUCUGGUACCACCGAGACGAAGGAUAUUCGACGCGACUAG